AUGGCUUUUAUAGUGGAUCAACAAUCAGAGUUCAAAUACUUUUGUAAAAUUUGCAACAAACGAUUUGGGUGUGGGAGAGCACUUGGUGGGCAUAUGAGGGCGCAUGGAAUAGGCGACGAGAGCCGCUUCAUCGAUGACGAUGAUCUUGCUAGUGAUUGGGAAGAUAAAUUAUUAGAAGGGAACGUUGUGCCACCUAACAACGAGCGCAUGUACAGAUUAAGAACAAACCCUAAUCGAUUAAAGAGCUGUAGGGUUUGUGAGAAUUGUGGCAAGGAGUUCUUUUCAUGGAAAUCUUUUCUGGAGCAUGGAAAAUGUAGCUCCAGGCCUGGGGAUAUUGCUGAAUCUCUUGUUUCCUCACAAGGGUCAGAAGGUGACGAUGAUGGCAUCACAAGGAGAGGCUCCUCUGGUUAUUUCUCUAAAAGGAAAAGAUCAUUGAGAAGUGAAGUUGGUAAUUUCAACGCCUUCAGUUCUCCAUCAAGCGAAGAGGAAGAUCUUGCCAAUUGCUUGAUGAUGUUAUCUAAUGCAACCGUUGUCCCUUUAGUUACCGAGCCUGAAGAAUCUUGUACUUCUGCCAGCAAAGAAGAGGAGAGAAGGAAUACGAUGAAUUUCAUCACUCAUCCUGCCAUUGCAUGUAGACCUAGGGUACCUACGGACAAGGCCAAAGGGCUGUUUGAGUGCAAAGCAUGCAAGAAAGUGUUCAAUUCCCAUCAAGCACUGGGCGGACAUAGAGCUAGCCACAAGAAAGUUAAGGGAUGUUUCGCAGCCCGAGUUGAUGAUAGUUUAGCUGAUGAAGACCACCAUGGGUUUUUCCAUAAGAAACCAACAUCAACGUUUCGGUUUGAUGAUACAUUGGCCUCCACAUCCAAAAAGAAAUCAAAAGUACAUGAAUGUUCAAUAUGUCACCGUGUUUUUUCAUCGGGACAAGCAUUGGGAGGGCAUAAAAGAUGUCAUUGGAUCACUUCAAAUUCACCUGUUGAGACUUCCUCCUUGGGUAAGUUUCAUCAGCUUCAACACCAGGUGGAGCAGAUUCAGCAAACCCAAAGACCAAAUUUUGUUGACGAUUCUGAGCCGCUCGAUCUCAAUCUUCCUGCUCCAGUUGAUGAGCUUGUACGGCGGAACCACAUCCAUCCAUCGAGUUUUGAUGUUUCUACAAAAAUCUAUUUGCAGCCUUGCAGUGGCAUUGAUGCCACAGAAAAGGAAGAUAAUCAAAACCAUCUGCAAGUCGACAAUACGAACAACAACUGCAGUAACUCUAAGCAAAAUGAGGAAGACAAGGCAAAGAGUAAGGUGAAGUUGGCAAAACUAAGUGGACUAAAGGACAUCAAUAUGAGCGGAGGUUCAUCUCCAUGGCUGCAAGUUGGGAUUGGUUCUGACCCUUAA